AUGUCUUCUCAAGUUCGACCGUCUUCGCCGCGUACGCGGAGAGCAUUGGGAGAGCGCAGCUCUGCCCACACAAAUGAGAGGUCGCCCACUCGUUCGUUGCGCAUGGUCCAGGAGCAGGAAGAUGUUGAUAUGUAUACCGCUACACCGUUCCCAACCAAACCGGAGCAGAUCCUCCUGCCCAUUCCCGGCAAAGGGCAGCAGAAGUACAUCUCAGACACCGGUCUCAGCUACUCAGGCACACCGGGUCAGUCCACGUCGACCUGGUCCUCGCCGUCAUUCAGCCAUGGCGCGAGCGGCAGUGUGCUGGAUCAUUCCAUUGGCGACAGCUGGGAUGUUUCGUCCACUGUCGAUACGGGUAAUUCGCCCCCCGCAAUGUGGGAAGAUGACCCAGCGUCGAGCAAGUCCUCUCUGCCAGAGGUCCCAUCGGCCAAGCCCGAUGAUGGACCCGAAAGUUCAGAGCCUGAGUAUUCAGAUGACGAGAUGAUUGUAUUGCCUACAGCAACGCCCACCAUUAAAGCUGUGGUAUCCGAGCCGCCCACAUCACCAAAGUCUGAUGACCAGGAGGAGUCUGUCCUGGGCUAUUCUAGUCCCAAUGUCGAACCCAUUGGCGUGCCAUCAAGCCCCAAUUUCGUGACAUUGGACAACUCCAGUACACACUUCCACCGUCCUGGCACGUCUCAUUCCGACUCGGACCCGCGGUCCAACUCGCUGUCAUCUUACAACUCACGAGGGACCGUUGUCAGACAUGCGGGUGCCGCCCCAUGGAUCCACACGGCUUCCUCUGAGCACUUGAGCUCUCGUUCGCAGUCUUUCCGGUCUACUCCCCCGUAUCAGUCCACGGCCUCUUUCCGUUCAACGUCUAGACGUCCAUCUGCAAGCCGAUCCCGGUCUGCGACAUCGUCCUCACGCAGUCUGCGCUCGGUACGGGACAUUCAGACUGCCAUUGAUAGCGGUGUGCCUAUUCAAUUCCCGCGCAUCCGUGCUCCCUCUUCGUCAAGCUCUCAUGCAGACACGUCAAUGUCCUAUGACCGCGACUUCACUCCGGGCCCAGCUUCUGGCCGUUGGAAUCCCCAUUUGUCACGAGUAUCAUCUGUGUGGUCUGCCGACGAGCUUCCGGACGAAUCUUCCCCGCAAGAAGAGCAUUCAGAUUCCGAGAUGUCGAAACCAACUCGUCCAUCGGCUGCCGUGCUAAACUCAAAGCCCACCUCCUCUGUAUGGCUGGUGAACGACCAUGACGAUGAGCGCCUCGACAGUUUGACAAAACUCCCAAUGCGCGGGUUCCCCCACAGCCUAUCAUCGGGAUCAAAGCGAAGCGACAGUGCCCGAAGUCUCCAGCGCCCUAGCACCGGCUCGAGCGGCGUCUUCAAUAUCCUCCCAGCAUGGGCCAAGCUCUACUACCAAUGGGAUCCCAUGGGCCUCAACUCUGCUCUGUCCAUGAUUGAUGCUAGUCGACCAUCGUCCACGCGCCCGGGCACAAGCAACUCAAGUGUCUUCGGUCUCAUGCCAACGCCUCUCAACAUCCCGCGGCCACGUUCACCGGAGCGUCCGCGCUCUCCCGAGCGCCCCCAGUAUGUUAAGCGACGUCUCGAGAGUGACCCGCGCGAUCCGCGCGCCCACUGGGUCCCGGACCCAGAGCCAGAAGACGGAGACCGAGUCGGUACUCCUCGCAACCGCUUGCGCCAUAGUUGGUCGCCGCAUCUGUACCAGGACCGACGUGUCAUCCAGUAUUCUCCCAGUGGAUGGGGUGCUCCUUCGUUGGAUUCCAGGACCGAGCCAAUCUUUGGGCGGCGGAACAUCCAGGUGUACUCUUUCUGCUUGGGGUUCAUUUUCCCUCUCACCUGGUGUAUUGCUGCUUUUCUUCCACUCCCGCCAAAACCCAAGAUGGCGCCUGAGAUGAUGGAGUCAGAGGACGAUAUCGAAAUGGCGUACGAGGCGCAGGUCCUGGAUCUGCAGCAGCGGCGGUAUGAGAACGCCCGCUGGUGGAGGAAACUCAAUCAGUGGAUGAUCUCGCUGGGCGUGGUGAUCAUCGUCAUCAUCAUCACCCUGGCUGUCAUCGGCACAACAACUGGUUUUUAA